UGACCGUUUUCUACGUUUAACUUCUCCAAAGACCCUUCUCUUUCUAUGUCUCUCUCCCCGACAACGCUGGAACUUUCUGUUACUUGUCCUGCUGUAACAAUGGUGGAAUCAUCUUCUUCUUUGUCUUUGUGGUCGGAUUUACCUCCGGAGCUUCUGGACUCUGUUUUCGGCGGCCUAUGUAAUCUCAAAGACAUCCUUCGUUCUUCCUCCGUUUGCUCCUCUUGGCAUUACUCUGCUUCGCUCGUUUACCAUCGCAAGUUCGUUCCUUCUCUCGCCGUGUUCAAUGGCCCGACAGACAAAAAAUUUCGAAUCUUGAAUCUUUUAAAAGAUCCUACACAUGAAGAAUCCGAUCGUUCGGAAUCAGAUUUCAGAGUAGAUUCCGAUAUCUGGUUUUGUGGUUGUACAAGAGGUUUUUUACUCGCAAUCGGUGUUUCUUUUCCCUACCAGGUCCACUUAAUAAACCCAUAUACAAAAGCGAUUUCCUCUCUACCCUCGUUGUCGCCAUUGGAGGAUGUUCAACAGUUGCUUCAGUUCCAAGAAAUCUCCCGAGUCUCGGGAAUUUUGAAAAGUUUCGUCAAGAAAGCUGUUUCUUCUGCAAUACCUUCAAACCCAGACUCGAUUUCCUCUCUACCCUCGUUGUCGCCAUUGGAGGAUGUUCAACAGUUGCUUCAGUUCCAAGAAAUCUCCCGAGUCUCGGGAAUUUUGAAAAGUUUCGUCAAGAAAGCUGUUUCUUCUGCAAUACCUUCAAACCCAGACUGUAUUGUGAUGAUAAUAUACAGUUUCGAUCGGAAACUAGCGCUCUGCAGACGCCGAGAUAAAAACUGGACAGAUUUCGAAUCCGUUCCAGGGAUCUCAUCUAUAGAUGACAUCGUGUUCUACAAUGGUAUAUUUCUCGCCAUCGACAAGAUCGGAGAAAUAUACAGCUGUGAACUUAGCCUUGAUGAUGCUCCAAAGGCCGUACCGAUGGGAAGAGCCGCGCCCUUUAAGUACGAGCCGUGCAAGAAAUACUUUGCCGAGUCGGUUUCCGGAGAAUUGUUUCUGGCCCUCAAGAAACUAGAGUACAGCGACGAAGGCGAUUCCACGACGUGUUUUGUGAUCUAUGAACUGGAUUCGGACACGGGAGAGUGGAGAGAAGUGAGGAGCUUGAAGGGGAAAGCUUUGUUCUUGAGCUCCCGAGGUCUGUCAAUGGCGGUUUCGGCGGGAAACCCGGGAUCUAGUGGAGGGUUCGUGGAGGAGAACUCCGUGUACUUCACAGAUGGCUUAGGAAUGUCGGACAGUGUGGGCGUCUUUGAGUGGGAGAGUAAGCAGAUCAAGAAGCUUUAUCAGCCGAGUUCUUGGAACUCUCAGUUGUUUUGGAUAACUCCUGCAUAUGCGUAUUGAAAGUACAUUUCUGCAUAAGGGAAGUCCGGA